AUGGAAGCAUAUCGUGCAGCCCCUCCAGUGUCGAGGACCUUGACAGCACUGACGCUUGGUACGUCGCUGCUUGUAUACGGCAACAUCAUUAGUGGAAGUCGAGUCGUCUUCUACCUGCCAUGGAUAUUCAAGUUCCCAUUGCCAGAAGUAUGGCGGUUUGUCACAUCGUUUUGGGUGACUGGUGGAGGUCUAAGCAUACUUUUUGAUACUUACUUCUUAUGGACAUACUCGAGCGGCCUCGAGAAGGAGUCUGGCCGUUUCUCUCAACCGGGAGAUUUCUUCACCUACAUCAUCUUCCUCGGCCUUGUGAUCCUAGCUACAGCUGGUUUUAUCCUAGGCGGUGCGGUCUUCACUCAGGCUCUCAUUCUUGGCAUUGCAUACACAUACUCGCAAGACAACAGAGGCAAGAAGGUCUCGUUCUUUAUUAUCACUUUCAACGUGAUUUGGUUGCCGUGGGCAAUGCUCCUGAUGACAUUCAUCAUGGCUGGACCUGACGCAGCCUUGAAGCAAGGCGCAGGUCUUCUGGCUGCUCAUCUCUACGACUUUCUAACCCGCCUCUACCCAACGUUUGGCGGUGGGAAGAACUUCAUCCGCACACCUGCGAUCGUCAAGCGCUGGUUUGGGGCAGAUAAGUCCAGCUUCCAAGCAAGAGGUUACGGGACUGCAUUCAGACCUGCAACUCAAGCACCCGGUCGUGGCACGUCAAGCGGCUUUGGAUUUUCAAGUGCAUGGGGUACUCGAGGGCAGGGUCAGCGACUUGGGGGAGAUUGA